CCCAAGACGAUGUUCGGAAGCCGGGUCAUUUAUGUAAAGACCCUGAUACAUAAUUCCCUUGAUUUUUGACGCCACCUUUCUUCCCACCUGUUCCCUGACCACCACCACCAUCCACUGACCAUGUCCAUCACCAAGAUCCACGCCCGCCAGAUCUUUGACUCUCGCGGCAACCCCACCGUCGAGGUCGAUCUUUACACCGCUAAAGGUCGCUUCCGCGCCGCUGUGCCGUCUGGUGCCUCGACCGGUAUCCAUGAGGCUGUCGAACUCCGUGAUGGUGACAAGACCGCAUACGUUGGCAAGGGUGUCAGCAAGGCCGUCUCGAACGUCAACGACGUCAUCGCACCUGAACUCAUCAAGUCCGGACUCGCCGUGACCGCCCAGAAGGAAAUUGAUGACUUCCUGAUCAAACUCGACGGUACUCCCAACAAGGGGAAGCUCGGGGCCAACGCCAUCCUUGGUGUCUCCAUCGCCGUCGCCGAGGCCGGUGCUGCUGAGAAGGGUGUUCCUCUCUACCAGCACUUUGCCGACCUCGCUGGCGUCAAGCCGCCCUUCGUGCUCCCCACCCCGGCAUUCAACGUCAUCAACGGAGGUUCGCAUGCGGGCAACAAGCUUGCAUUCCAGGAGUUCAUGCUCCUUCCCACCGGGGCCACUUCUUUCACCGAGGCGAUGAAGAUUGGUACCGAGACUUACCACACCCUGAAGAAGGUCAUCAGCGCGAAGUACGGAAUUGACGCUGUCAACGUCGGUGACGAGGGUGGAUUCGCUCCCAACGUGUCUGGUGCCGAGGAGUCGCUUGAGCUUCUGUCCGAAGCCAUCAAGAAGGCCGGAUACGAAGGCAAGAUCAAGAUCGCUCUGGAUGUCGCCUCGUCGGAGUUCUACAAGGAGGGCAAAUACGACCUCGACUUCAAGAACCCCAACUCGGACCCGAGCAAGUGGAUCACCGGUGUCGAGCUCGCUGACUUGUACAUGAGCUAUGUGAAGAAGUACCCCAUUGUGUCCAUCGAAGACCCCUUCGACCAGGACGACUGGGAGGCCUGGACCCACAUCACCAAGCUCAGUGGCAUCCAGAUUGUCGGUGAUGACUUGACUGUGACCAACCCCCUCCGCAUCAAGACUGCCAUCGAGAAGAAGGCCUGCAACGGUCUGCUCCUCAAGGUCAACCAGAUUGGAACGAUCUCCGAGUCGAUCCAGGCUGCUCAGCUCGCCCAGUCUGACGGCUGGGGUGUGAUGAUCUCCCACCGAUCCGGCGAGACGGAGAACACCAUCAUCGCCGACCUCGCUGUCGCCCUUGGUGUUGGACAGAUCAAAACGGGUGCUCCGGCUCGUAGCGAGCGUGUUGCCAAGUACAACGCUCUUCUCCGCAUCGAAGAGGAGAUCUCGGCUUCCGGCGCCACCUUCGCAGGCGAGACUGGGCUGUCUGCUGGUCUUACGCCCCCUGCGCUGCUGAAGAAGUAGAUACUCAAUCAAAA